AUGAUCGAGGCCAUGUCCUCCGAACGAACACCGAAGAAACCUGCAAUUUUACGCCGUGUCUCCUCGAAACCACACAGGGGCCAGGAGUUCUCUGUUGAUGACGAUGUGAGUGAGGUGGAAGACAAGACCUUGAGGCAGCCGGCUCUCUCUGGUAGGUCUACGGCUCGACAGCACUCGUCUAUUCGACGCCGAAAUGUCAUGCCGUCGACAGUACUCACUCGAGUUGAUUCCGAGGACGAACGUCAAGAUGGUCCAAUUGCGAGCGGAAGCCAGGCUGGCGAGAACGAAGAGAAUGACGUUGAUGAUAUUGGUGAAAUGGCUGAUGAUGAUGGUGUCGUUGAUGACGAUGAUGCUAGCGACGCCGAAAGCUUUACUCUCAAAGACAGGCAACAAGCUAUAAACGAGACUCACCCGUUUGGUAUCAGAAUCUGGAAGCCGGCCUUAUACAAGAAACUUCGGUCUGUUGAGAAAACUGCUGAAGGGGAUAUUCAUUCAGUACCUGGACAGCGUGUCAGUCCCUGGCUUUUUCUAGCCAACAUUCUGUGGACGGUGGUCUUCGGCUGGUGGCUCGCCCUGGCGGCGUUGAUCGGUGCCAUUGCUUGUUUCGCCAUUGGGUUCUCCCCAGACUCUUCAGCAUAUGGUAGGGUGUUUUGGGGACUCUCUGGCUACCUGCUAUACCCCUUUGGUGCCAUGGUUCGCCUGAAGCCCGACGAGAAUUAUGCCGAAGAGGACGAAGGCGAAGGGAGAAGCAUCAGCGAGUACGAGCAAUGGCAGAGCGGUGACAUUGAACGGGGAGGCCUGUUUUUUGGUCCGAUUGCGAAUGCUCGCUCGCUAGUAGGACGACGGAGAAAUAGUAUGGACUCUACCAGUGAGCGAGACAGCCUGCUUGGUAGGACUGGACGGCACCACUCUGAUGAUAGCGAAACAGCUAGGACCAAACGCCGCCUCUUUGGACGCGGCGAAUGGACCACUGGUCGGGUCAUGUUUUACAUCUUCUUCUACCUUCUAGUCGGCCCGCUACUACUCUCAGUCUCCCUCAUAUGCUGGAUUCUCGUGUUCUGGAUACCCAUGGGCCGCGUUACGAUCAUUCUGUUUCAUCAUCUUCGUCGACAUCCCCUUGCACUAUCCUUUCACUCAGAUAGCACAUACACCAGGCUACAGUCAGGCCCUUCAUCCUCGAUUCUCCUUUGUACCUACCGUGCAGCCGGCUUAAAAUAUUGGAAAUACACUGUUGAUGGAACCAACAUCUUCCUUAUUAACUUACUGGCUGUCGUCUUUUUCGUCAUCUUUGAUUUCCACGUCUUGCGCAAGAUCUUUCCCACAGAUAAUUUUAUCACACAUCCUGGCCUGAUAUUUGUGCUGGCUCUGAUUGCUGUGACGCCGCUUGCCUAUUUCAUCGGGCAAGCCGUUGCCUCUAUAUCUGCCCAGUCUUCCAUGGGUCUGGGUGCGGCCAUCAAUGCCUUCUUCUCUACCCUGGUAGAGGUAUACCUUUACUGCAUUGCAUUAUCCCAAGGUAAAGCCCAGCUCGUGGAAGGGAGCAUUAUUGGCAGUAUAUUCGCCGGUAUCCUGUUUUUGCCUGGGAUAUCAAUGUGUUUCGGAGCCAUCAUCCGCAAGACUCAGAGGUUUAACGUCAAGUCAGCCGGUGUGACGUCGACAAUGCUCUUAUUUGCCGUUAUUGCGGCCUUUGGCCCGACUCUCUUUUAUCAAAUCUAUGGCAGACACGAACUGAACUGCCAUUCUUGCAGUCACGUUAAACUCACAGGAGGCAGAGACUGUCGCCGUUGUUACUUCUCCCAGGUCCCGGCUGUCGAUGAUGAUUUUUUUAUGAAGGCAGUACAGCCAUACUCCUACUUUGCUGCUGUUCUACUCUUUCUGUCCUACAUCAUUGGUCUUUGGUUUACUCUUCGGACUCACGCUGCCAUCAUCUGGUCCACUGACAUUGAGGAGAAAAGGCCGCAUUCUGAUGCCCAUAGACUCGUCUCUCACUCACAUAUUGAUCAUGCGCAUGGCAGUACCAGUCUCAAGGGUUCCAUAAGAGACUCGCAGCUAUACGCUCGAAUCCUUGGACAAUCUCUCAAGCAUGUAGGUUUAAGUCCAAGCUCUGAACAGUCGACUGCGGCAAUUAGUCCCAAUGAGGCUGCAACUGUGCACGUUGUACCCCCCAAGGACAAGAAUAAGUACCAAGGUCCCUACAAUAUGAAGAUUCCCUCCCUCACUGCAGAAGAAAACGAUCAACUGGUCCGACAGGUCACCGAAGUGGCAGCAACCGCGGCCACGGUUGCUGCCCGAGAUGCCGCCGGCCCAAGGCAUGUAUCAGGCACACCCGGAAUCAAGACCCCGGUAGGAACCACUGGGACUCCCACCAUAGGCCACUCUGAGGAGGCAGGGGUAUUUACAGAACCUCACGCCGAGUCACAUGGACACGAUGCUCCAAAUUGGGGCAAGACAAAAAGUUUUGUUAUAUUACUAGCCGCGACAUUGCUGUAUGCAGUGAUUGCCGAGAUCUUGGUGAAUACGGUUGAUGUAGUGCUACAAAGCUAUGAUAUUGAUGAGAAGUUCCUUGGAAUUACCCUAUUUUCUUUGGUUCCCAACACUACUGAGUUUUUGAACGCCAUUUCUUUCGCAAUGAACGGGAACAUAGCGCUGUCCAUGGAGAUCGGCUCUGCGUAUGCACUGCAGGUGUGUCUGCUGCAAAUUCCGGCCUUGGUACUAUUCAGCGCCGUGCAUACCUCGAUAUUUAAUCCGUCUGACCUUCUGGAGCAUUCAUUCAACUUGAUAUUCCCGCAGUGGGACAUGAUCACCGUCAUCCUGUGUGUGUUCCUCCUAUCAUAUGUUUAUGGUGAAGGGAAGAGCAACUACUUCAAAGGCUCAAUUCUGCUUCUUACAUAUAUCUUUGUCGUUAUGGGCUUUUACCUGUCCAGUCUCAGCACGAUGGGUGUCCAGCAGCUUCAAUCAACUUCUCUCGGCGUUGCUCGGAAUGAUGACGGCUCAUUUCAAGUCAGUGGUUAGAGGAUUGUGUCUGUUGUCUGAAGGAGUACAUAGCCAUAUAGGAGGGGAACUAUGUUGUUUCCAGUUAUAUAUGUUGCGUUCUGUGGUGGAGAUACAAAACUAAUUGCAUAGUCCAGUAUAUAAUUCUCAAACUGAAAUUUUUUGGUCUGCUUGUCAUUGCCGUUUGUUUCAACUUGUUUUGCUGUUUGUAGCUAUUAGCUAGAUAGCUAACUGGACGCCUCAGUAGACAUAGUCGAGCGUAUUCUGUCGUCCAUCCAGCCUGCUGUUUGCUACAAGAAUACACGCAUCUUGUCGCUAUAGCGGCCUCGAAAUUUAACUUGCUUUAACCUUAAGCGCCAGAGCUUUCUUAUUGGCCAAUUUCAAUUAACCCUUAUAGUACCAUCACGUGAUGACUUUAGAAGAAGCUGCUUAGCUCAUCAUUAGUUACCCUCUUCCACCACAUUUCAAAACAUUUCAAAUGGUUCCAAUUAAAUACCUGAUAAUAAUGAGACUCCCUGUCUCUUCACUUACACCGUAACCGCUCUCAUUUUACCCCUUUGUUAUUUCUUCAGCUUCUGGCCCAACUCUUCUUGG